AUGAAUCGCAUCACGGUCAUGAAUGGUGACAUCCUCUCACCAGACCUUGGGCUUUCGCCGGAUGAAUUAAAUACACUUAGACAAGAGGUCGAUGUUAUCAUUCACUCAGCAUCCUCUAUCAAUCUCGCGAAGCCCCUCGAUGCACUAUCAGAUGUCAUUAUCAGAGCCAGUGAAAGAAUGGCAGAUAUUGCUUUGACCUGCCCGAGUCUGGAUCGAUUUGUUUAUGUCUCAACUGCAUAUUCAAAUGCCCAUCUACCUCCCACUGAAGGCAUCGAAGUCGAGAUUAAAGAAGUCAUCUAUGAUCCCAGCCGUCAUCCAAACGUGAUCAAGGAAUGGGAACAAGUGAAAGAGAGUGGCUCUAGCGAUGCGUAUAGAGCGCACGACUUCCCAUGGCCCUACGCAUACGCAAAGAACUUGACAGAGCGACUUCUUAUCCAUCUGUUCGCUCAGAGUGGUGUAAAGGAUAAGCUGCUUAUUUUGCGCCCGUCUGUCAUCGGACCGGCCCAAAAUUUCCCAGUUCCUGGAUACAAUGUGCCACUAUCGAGCCCAACGACAAUGAUUGCUGCUGUGCUUGCACUGAGCCCUGCUGGCUCGCCUAUUAUUGGAACAAGAGCAGGACAUCCUUCCCAAGUAUCUUUUGACGAGGUUCCAGUCGACGUGGUAGUUGAUCGUUUGAUCGCCCAUUUGGCUAUGGGAACCAAUGGUUGUGUUCAUGCAGUCAGUGGGAAGCGAGCACGGCAUCAAGCGACGAACUGGUGGAAGUCAGUGAUUUCGAUACGUCUUUUGCCAGGGAAACUUGAUUUGAAUUGGGAAGAUCUGGACUGGAAGUCCGAUGAGCAGCAUCCACUGGCUCAGUUAUAUGUGAUCUUUGGCUCUUCUUUCGGGUUUCAUGAUGAUAAGACUGUCAGUCUUAGUCGGCAUGGCUUCAUAGAGACCUGUAAAGAGCUGCAGCUGUUCACAAACAUCCAUCUUGCAGACCAGUUUCGAAUUCCAAUGGAAGACGUCUACUUUGUGAUGAACCAUAUUGCUAACAGUGAUGCAGGGGUACGACGAGUCAUCCAACUCUACUACCAGGAUUCUAUGAUGGCCAAACUUUAG